AUGAAGGGUCCCUGGCCUGGACAUGUCAAAAAAGAUGUCAACAUGCCCGUCUUCAGAGGAGAUCCCUGUGGCAUAACUUGCUUAAUUCUCACCUAUGCCGCAAUAUUUUACGCAGAUUAUGUCGUUAUUAACUGGAUUGUGCUACAGACCAUGUUUAAUAGUUUAUGGGGAGUACUGCAUGUUCUUCUAUUCAAUAUCCUUGUCUUCUUGACACUAAUGGCACAUGUACGAGCAGUCUUUAGUGACCCAGGGAUUGUACCUCUACCACAGAGUCGGCUGGACUUUUCAGACAUGCAUUCAGGAGGAGAAAAAAGUGAUGAUUGGACAGUGUGUGCCAGAUGUGAAAUGUAUCGGCCACCUCGAGCACACCACUGCCGUAUUUGUCAACGUUGUAUACGCCGAAUGGACCACCAUUGUCCAUGGAUUAACAACUGUGUUGGAGAAUGGAACCAGAAGUAUUUCUUACAGUUCUUGAUGUUUGUUGGUCUGAUGUCAAUAUAUGCAAUGAGCCUUGUUGCUUAUUCUUGGAUCAAGGCUUGCCCAGAGUGCUCAAAAGAUAUGAUGGUCAAGCAGGGCAGACUGUUGCAUUCUGUAAUACUAAGUAUGGAAAGUAUACUGUUUGGUUUAUUUGUUAUUGCUAUCAUGUGGGACCAAAUGCAAGCCAUACUUACAGAUGAGACAGCUGUUGAACAGGUAAAGUGUCAAGGGCCAUAUCGUGCACGUCGACCUAAGAUGGCUCUUCUUAGAGAAGUGUGUGGCCGCAGUCGUCCCAUACUGUGGAUAUUUCCCUGUACCAGUGCUCCUGUGAAUACUGAGGCUUCAUAUAAUCUAACUGUUUAAAGACCUUAAUUAAAAUUGAUAAUUUAUAUUAAAUUGUAUAUUUGAAGAAAUAAUAUUAAUUAAGAUGAGAUAUAAUUAAUGUAUAUCAAAAGGUCAUUGAUGGCAGAAUUAAUGGUUCUCUAAUGACUGUUGUUUUCACUGCCAAAUGUAAUGCCCUUUUAAAAAUUUCACCUGAAUGCUUAAGACAGUUUAGUGCCUAACCCAACUGGUUACACUGUAUUUAUCUGAAGAAUAAGCUUUUCAGAAUUUUGAAGUAGUCUGGCAGCUUCAAGAUAUAAAACAAGAUAUCUAAUAGUUUUUAUACAGUUUUGAAAAUGAGAUUAGAAUUUUGAAAGAUAUAUAAUUAUAAUUUAAGAUUGAUGCAUAUGAGUGGUAUAUAGAUAAAUGUUGAACACUAUACAGAUAGCUUUUUUUACAAGAGUAGAUAUUAAACAGUAAGUCACAUUGUAUAAUAGGUACUGCUACAUCCUGCUAUACCAAGUGUUAGAGGAUUAUGUGGCACAACAAUUUGUAAAAUAGCAGUCCUCUACAUCACUGCUAUCUGAUAUGCUAUAAAACUAUUAUAUCAGUGAAAAUAAAUUCUCACUAUUUAUUGAUUCAUUUAUUUAUAUGAUGUGUAGUUUAGUAUCCUCACCUAGGUGGGAUACCCAAUGGGUCUCUGAUUAUUUUUUCCACUACUUUUGGUUUCUCGAGACUUCCUUCCGUACUUUGAUUUUAAUUUUUUACGUGUAUCAUUAUAAACUGAAGGUUUUUAUUUUAAUUGGGCAAUCUAGCUCCCUGGUGGAUGAUUUUAGAUCCAUUUUAGUUGUGAUUAAUGGGGUCUUUCUCUGAGUGCAACAGUGAAUAAGUGCAGCUGCACAAAACUCACUAUACAGAUUCCCUGACCCUAGUGGAUGUAUUAUAUUUGUGUCAUUUUUUUGUGUAUAUAGUACAGUGGGCCCCUGGUUUUCGGCCGGUGCAGAAAUUGGCCAAUUCGGAAAUUGAGCACUUUUUUUUUUUUUGUCAAAAUUUCUCCCUGGAUUUUGUGCAUCCACUCGGAAAUCAUUGGUACCAGAUGCGUUCACAUGGGCCGCUCAUACAUUUUGUGACUCACUCUUGGGCAUAUUAAAUGUUUUAUUUUAGGCUAAUAUAGACAUUUUCAUUAAUCCGUCUAUGAUAUUUUCUUCAAAAUGAUAAAAGAAACACAUUACAUAGCAUAUAAACAUGCAAUGUUUAUUUGCUAUUGAGCAGUGAGUCGGGCAGAGGGUAAACAUUAUGUUUUCUCUGGUCAAGCGCUAGAGAAAACUGUGAAUCUGGCAUCUGGCUCAGUCGCCGCCUUUAACACGUGUUUGUUUACAGUUCUCGGCAUGAAUUAUUCAUUACUUCUCCCUUUGUUUAUGAUGGCAUCUAAAGGUAGUUGUUAGAAACGAUUAAACUCAGUGAAUAUGGUUAGUCGAUGGUAAUAUGGCUGUGUUCUGCAUUUUAGGUAGCUGGUAGGUGUAGCCCAGAGGGACUACAUAUGUGUGCCUACAUACUACUCGCCUCUCGCCCUACAUUAACCCUUUGACUGUCGCGGUCGUAUAUAUACGUCUUACGAGGUACCGUGUUUGACGUAUAUAUACUCAUAAAUUCUAGCGGCUUCAAAUCAAGCAGGAGAAAGCUGGUAGGCCCACAUGCGAGGGAAUGGGUCUCUGUGGUCAGUGUGCACCAUAUAAAAAAAAUCCUGGAGCACGCAGUGCAUAAUGAGAAAAAAAAACUCCAACCGUUUUUUUUAAUAAAAUGCCGACUUUGUGGCCUAUUUUCGUAUAGUAUUUAUGGUUGUAUUCUCGUUUUCUUGGUCUCAUUUGAUAGAAUGGAAAACAUAUUAUAGAAAUAGAGGUGAUUUUGAUUGAUUUUACUAUAAAAAGAACCUAGAAAUGGAGCUCAAAGUAGGGGAAAUGUUUGAUUUUUGCCAAUGUUCAAAAGUAAACAAAUGAUGCCAUUGUCCAAUAAAUGUCCAACUAGCCAUUCUAAUAUGCAGUCAUGAAUGGAUUGAUGUUAUUUAUACAAUUAUUACAGUAUUGCAGUAGUCUGCAUAAUAGUAAGUCUUCUAUUUUUUGUUUGAAUAAAAAUUCAAAAUAGAAAGCAAGAGUAAUAUCAGAGGGGCUUGGAGACAUGACUGAUGAGCAAAGAAAAUGUUAUUUUAGAGCCAGGAAUGUCUGCAUUGUUCAUUCUGGACCUUAUUUUGAAACUGCCAUAUUUUUUAGUUUUUGUGAAAUUGGCCAAAUUGCAAAUUUCUGACCACAUUAUUAGGUAGUUGAAAUCGGUAAAUGGACAGUUUCUUGUACUCAAUCGAUAGAAAAAAAUGGAGUUCUUAAGAAAUAGCUAUGAGUUUGGGCGACUGGAACAAUGGAAUUAGCCGAAAAUAGGGCUCAAAGUGGGCAAAAUCGCCGAUUUGUAAACAGCGCCGAGGUCGCUAACUUCGCGAGAGCAUAAUUACGUCAGUUUUCCAUCAAAUUUCGGUUUUUUGGUGUCAUUACAAUCGGGAAAAGAUUCUCUAUCAUUUCAUAAGAAAAAAUAAUUUUUUUUUUUAACCCUUUCAGGGUCCAAGGCCCAAAUCUGGAGUCACGCACCAGUGUCCAAGAAUUUUCAAAAAAAAAAUUUGUUAUUUUUUCUUAUGAAAUCGUAGAUAAUCUUUUUGUGAAGGUAAUAAAACAAAAAGUACGAAAUUUGGUGGAAAAUUGACGAAAUUAUGCUCUCGCGAAUUUUGAUGUGUCAGCGAUAUUUACGAAUCGGCGAUUUUGCCGACUUUGACUCCCAUUUUAGGCCAAUUACAUUAUUCCAAUCAACCAAAUUCUUAGCUAUUUCACUGGUAUUACUUCUAUUCUAUCGAUUGAGCACAAGAAAUCGCCAAGUCAACUGUUUCAACUACAAAAUAAAGUGAUCGGAAAUUGUUAAUUUGGCCAAUUUAACACGAAGUUCAAAAUAUUCCAAUUUCAAAAUAGGGUCCAGAAUGAACAAUGUAGGCAUUCCUGGCACUAAACUAACAUUUCCUCUGUUCAUUAGUUAUGUUUUGAGGCUUUACAAAUAAAUUCCAUUUUGAUUUUUUAUUCACAUAAUGAAUUUUUAUUCACACCAAAAAAUAGAAGAUUUACUGUUAUGCAAUACUGUAAUAAUUGUAUAAAUAUCAUCAUCAUAUUUGUGAAUGUAUAUUAGACCCACCAGCUGACGUGUAUUAGAUGUGUGAGGUCGUUUGUUUACUCUUGAAUAUCGGCAAAAAUUUAACAUUUCCGCUACUUUGAGCUCAGUUUCAAGCCAUUUUCAGUGCUAAAACCAAUCAAAAUCAUCUCUAUUUCUGUAAUAUGUCUUCCAUUCUAUCAAAUGAGACCAAGAAAUCGCAAAUACAACUAUAAAAAACAUACGAAAAAACACUGCAAAGUUGCUGUUUUAAUCGAAAAAUCAUGAUUUCAUUUUUUUUCUCUCAUUAUACACAGUGUGCUGCAGGAUCUGUUUUAUGUGGUGCACACAUACCACAUAGAUGUAUUCUCUCAUAUCUAGGCCCAAAUGUACCACUCACAGUUUAUCAGAGUGAGCUGAGCUCAUGGCGUAGAUCUACGGUUUGGACCCUGAACGUAAAGCCGUAGAUCUACGGGACAGACCCUGAAAGGGUUAAUUUUGCGACACCAGGAGACACCUCAGGAUUGGGGGUUGCGACAGUCAAAGGGUUAAGACUGCAAAUAUUUUAAGGUAAGUAAUGAAUGUACUAACCACUGAAAAGCUGAAACACUAGUUAUUCUCUCUAAAAUUUAUUUUUUGUUAAUAUUUUUGGGUGUCUGAAACGGAUUAAUUGGAUUUACAUUAUUUCUUAUGGGAAAUAUUACUUCGGUUUUCAGCCAUUUUGGAUUUAGGCCAACCUUCUGAAACGGAUUAA